AUGCCCAGUCAGCGUCUUCCGAAUUUCGUCGUUCACUCGCCUAGCACCGUGCCCCAGUGGAAAUGGAACGCUUAUGUCGAGGCGCCUCCGGCACCGCUCCUUGCGAGUGGCGUCGUUGCCGACGAGGCUAUGAGCGUGCCGGAACUUGUUGAAACUUACCAGGCAGAGGUCGCAGCUCUUACGCAGGCGCAUGAAGAGAUCAUGCGUGAUAAAGCACACCUAGAAAAACUUCUGGAACCCUAUAUGUCUCCCGACUCUCGAGAAAUGGUCGCGGAGCCCAGCGAGGAAAUUCUCCUGCUGAAAAAGGGCUUCGACAUACGCCUGCAGCAGUUCAACGAGAACUGCAAGAAAGCGUCAAAGCUGGAAUGGAUUAUUCAACGCAAGUUGAGGCACGUCUCAGAAAAGGAGGACAAGGUGGUAGUGACUCAUCCUUGUCAAGUGCAAGCUACCUGUCGAGCGCUGAAGAAAAUAAAAGACCAAGGACGUCUUAUCAAAAUUCUUCAACACGAGCUCGACGAAUGUCUUUACUUCAAUGACUUAUAUGCUGAACAGCUUCGAAAAAUGAGAAGCGAGUGUACCGUCGCACUUACAGAGGCCAGACCACAGCCUUCCUUCUACUCUGUUCGGACGCUUCAUCAGAAUUUUGAUGCGUCAUUCAAGCACGCAUCCGAAUGGGUUAAGGCAAUUCGCGUGAACCCUCUGGACAAUGUGCUUCCUCGACUUCAUGAGCCUCCACCACCGGAGGGCCCCUUUGAGCCAGGGUUCAAACCUCCCAGAGAUAAGCAUCUGCAAAAACCGACCGAGAUACGUGCGCGCGGUGCAUCGGCAGCGAAACCCGAGACGGACGAGGCCGAAGGCACGAUCCUGUCCCAACUGUUCAAAGCACUGGGUGGCAUCACAGAAGCGGCAGCGGAUAUCAAGAAGACUGUAGCAGACGAAGUGCUGUGCACGAACCACAUCGACGCGUAA